AUGGAGGAGGAGAUGCAGGUGGACCCACAUUCGCCGACUGAGCUUGCUGAAGGUCCCGACGUCUCCGACGUUGAGUUUGUUGGUGAUGCCAAGCGGAAACGCGAUCCCGCUGCCAGCCCCUCUGCCAGCCUUCGCGCCGCUGCUGCUCGUGCGGCUCUUCGUAAUCUUCCUGGGGACGGUGACACGGACGAUGACGAGAGUGACAGUCAAGAGAGUCCGACAAAGCGGCCCCAUGCAGCUAGUUCGUCCACUGAUGCACCUGUCUCUGGUCGUGAGCUUCGCAGUCUCCUCAAGGGCCAUGUCAGGAGCAUGAAAGAGGCUUGGUCUGAGUUUGAAGGGCGACUUUCCAAGGUUGAGUCACAGCAGAGACGUCACAAGGGUGAUGUUGAGUCGCUGAAGGGACGCACGAAGGUUGUUGAACGGGACCUUGUCACCAAUAAGAAGGACCAAGAGUUGUGCAACCGGAAGGUGGGUGAACUUGCUGAGGAAGUGAAAAAUCUCAAGGUACAAUGGGAGGACUUGAAGAUGAAAGGCCCUUUCCUCCCGGACCCUGAUCCACAAGCGCCUUUGCAUCCACCCGUGCCGUUUGACCCCUGGGGUGACUAUAUCCGCAAGCAACAAGACUGGCCUGCCCCCUUUGGACCUCCACAACGAUCUAAGCCGUCUGGUGCAAAGGGUGAAGCUGCUCGUCCUGGCAACCCUCGUGAUCCUCGUCCCCUUCCUGCAGAGUCACUUUCUGAGGAUGAAAAACGUACACUCGUUAUUGGAGGGUGGCUUGCCGACACCAGAAGAGCACUGAUCGAAGAAGAAAGUGACGCUCUCCUUCAGCAUCCCACGAUUCGCCCCCUUUUGGACAAUGCAAAGCUGUCGGUAUUUGGGCCCCGCAGAAGCGUAGGCAUGCUCCGUUUUGCCCAACGUGAGGAUGAACCACAUUUUGAGGCGGUGAAGGAGAGGAUGUGGAAGGUCAUCAAGGCAGUGUCGGAACUCAAGCACCAGCUGGACAGCACGAGAUCUGGGGGCGACGUUAAAAUUGCUUGGGCAGGCUUUGUCAAGACUCGCGCGGCUCGCCAGCGCACGUCGCACAUCAGCAUGGUUCGACGAGUCACCAUCAUGCUAGUCGAGGACACUAAGGAUGAGGCGGGUGGCAUCAAGAACAUCAUGAAUCAGCUGACCACGGCCUACGACAUGGACUGGGCGGCGGGCACCAUUUGGUGUGGGGCAUAUAAGCUCGCUUCGUCCACUCACCGGGCUCCACGGACAUCAGAGACCGUGCUUAUGACGGGAGGCUGGGUUGAUCUUGACGGGGUUGCAGCCACUGCAGGAUGUACGGUUGACGCUGCCAAGGCAGCUUUCGAACGAGGUCAAGCCCUUGACACCCUUGACCUUGCUCUUCGUGAUGCUGAGAUUGCUGCUGUACAAGAAGUUUCGCGUGAAAGCUUUGCUGAUGGAUGGGAUACCUAUGACACGGACCUCUUCCACUGGGUCACACAUCGUCAUGAAGGCCAAUGGCGUGGGACAGCAAUUGGGAUAGCCCAAGAUAGACUUGAUGCAGUGAUUGACAGACGUGCAUCCUCGCGUGGCCUGUGGGUACUGGCACGGAUACGUGGUCUUGGACGAGUUGUCAUUGGUUCCUUGCAUUGUCACACUGGGGUGACUUCUAAGACCUACGCUUCCUCCGUGUGCUCCUUCCUCGCUGCACUACCUGGCAAGUGGCGACAAUAUCCUGCUCUUCUAGGUUCAGACGCGAAUGAGUGCCCACCGUGGAUGCAUACAGAGGGCGAAGUUCACAUUGCGAUGUCUGGUACCAACCUCAACAACUUGGUUGACGCUGUGACGAAGCCUGGAUUUCGAGCCUGUGCGCCUCACGAGAACCAAUGGCACACUCCCACUCAUUAUCCUCGUGACACCGAACGACAAGGGAGACAGAUUGACAUUGUCUGGAGCCGCCAACUUGCUACGUCGAAUGUUCUCAUCGAGCCAGAUCGCCGACACACCAUUGGAUCUGAUCAUGCGCCUCUCACCAUUGAAAUCUUCACUCGUCAGAAACUUGCGCCUGCCCGGUGGAACAACGACUCUCGAGCUCGAUGGGUUGUUCAGUCUCUGCCGAAAUGCGACUUGGUUGAUGCUGAUGAUGUGGAGGCGCUGGCCCGACAAUAUAGUCGACCACGGAAAAGUCUUGCAUAUCAUGAUCCUGAUGAAGUACAGAACCUUGUUCGUGAAGCCAAGAGCGAUGGCAGUUCGCGAGCGUGGAAAAAAGUACAUCGGGCACGUCGUGCAGCACGUCGACAAUGGCAGCAAGAACGGCUUGAACGAGUUGUCAGGGGCGACUGGGAUGCUUAUCGAUGUCUACAAAAUGAGAAGAAGCGUGCUAAAGGAUGGUGGGGGAGAAUGCUUGAUGAUCGCAGCUCGUUGCAAUUGACUAAGGAGGUCACUGAACACUUCGUCUCGAAAAUGGGAGGUGAUGACCAACAAGAAUGGUCUACGCGCCUUGAGACCCUCUUAUCCUCCUUGUCCGUUACCACUGACUUCGUGCCCUUCACACAGUUGGAUGUUCGUGAGCAACUUGUUGGGAUGAAGGCUAAGAGUGCUGUUGGUCCUGAUGCCAUUGGGGUGAGCCUCUUAAGGGAGAUCAUGAAUCAUGAUGACCUUGCUCCGCAACUUGUCGACAUUAUCAAUCAGAUUGUUUCGGAACUACAGCCCCCGGAGAAAUGGUCGGUCAGCUACCUGGCUCUCUUGGCCAAGUGCCACACGCCAUUGCAACCGGGUGACUUGCGCCCGAUUUGUGUCAGUAGUGCAUUUAACAAGCUCGUCAAUCGACUUGUGUGUCACCGUGCUCUUCCCCUUAUGAGACGUGGCUCCCGUAUCUCCUCGUGUGGGAAAGGGCGGCAAUGUGCAGACCUCAUCGGUGCAGCAGGGAGAGUUCGGGAUGUAGUUCGGGAAUGGCGAGUACCUGCCCUUCUGUGCAAGCUUGAUGUGGCAGGCGCAUUUGACAGGAUCAAUCGCAGCAAAGUUGCAGAUGUCUUACUUCAACGACUUCAGAAUCAAUCGUGUGAUCAUGAACUCAAAUAUCUUCUUGCUCAACUUCGACCGCACCAUCUCGUUGGUGAUGUUCCGGGAGGAGGAAGGGUUGAGUUUGAUACCUUUGUCGGGAUUAAACAGGGGGCACCUGAAAGCGCGGAAGUUUUUGGACUUGUGAUGGAUGAUGUGUUGAGCCGGCUCACCUUGGAUCCGCGAUGGCGGAGGUAUGGGGAGGCACUCCCCGGGUUGGAUUUGGACUUGAUGUUCUACCAGGAUGACGUGUUCAUCCUUGAGGACGACUUCUCCUCUCUCAUCCGCCGCAUUCGCCUGGUGGGUACAGCCCUGCGCGAAAUUGGAUUGGAGCUAGCUGUGGCAAAAACCAAAAUCAUCGCCAGUCCCAAGUAUAGAGGCCCUCGCAAAGCGAAAGUUGGCGAUGACAUCUAUGCCAUCGCACCUUGGAGUGAGUCCGUCAAGAUCUUGGGGUUGAACUUCUCCUUCUUCGAACCUCCUUCCCAACAAGCCAGAGAAUUACUUGGGCGAGCUCGCGCAGCGGCUGCGCAACAUCGUGAUAUACUGCGGGCAAAUGGACCUUGGCAAGGCAAGCUCAAGCUCGUCCGCUCCUUGGUGGAAGGGACCUUCGCUUGGACAGCUGGGGCAGUUCACUGGAGUUCUACUGACUUGAAGGCAGCCAACACCCUGCAACUGCAUAUCCUCCGUGAUGCCUUUGGAAUCAAACGUCGCCAGGGUGAAGAUUGGGUUCAGUGGAAUGCUCGUAGUAUGCGGUUCUGUCGCCUUUGGAUGUGUACGCAUUCGAUCACUAGAUGGUCUACUAAGGUGCUCACAUUGCAACACACACUGCAUGGUCAUUGGGCCAGAAGGACUGAAGACUGUGGUCAUGGAGUCUUCCCGGACCUGUGUCUGGCUAUGCGUGCCUUGAAAUGGAAAAACAUGAUGUGGUGGCGAAAUGAACAAGAACAGACAAAUGGCCUCCGUCACCCACAGCGCUUUCAUGCUGGUUGCAUCGAACGUCAACUGGCUGAAUGUCACGGCACUGAUUGGUUUAUUGUGGCACUCGAUCGAAACUGGUGGAGCCUCUCCCCGCAGCCGCUCUCCCGUGCCAAGUUGACCCUGCCCCACACUGUUGCGCCCUGGCACACCAUGGUCGUCGCCGUCCCUGGGCAGCUCAUGGACCUCAACUAUGUCUCUGUCACGGAGUACCUGGCGCGCACCGUGGACUAUGAGAUGGUGGACAGCCUCGGCUUUGGCCGUUGCAGACCUGAGUUCAAUAUCUUCCUGUUUCUCAACAUCGCCCUCCACCACCUCCUCGACUUCUACGACCUCGCUGUCUGUGGCCUGGCUGACUACUUGGGGGACAUCUUCGACAAGUCAAGCUUCGACAAGUUCCACGGCUUCACCCUCUUCGACAAGUUCUAUGGCUUCAGCCUCGUCGACCUCCACGUCUACUUUGACCUCGACUUCGUUGACCUGGUGGACAGACUCGAGGGUGGUGCCGCUGAACUCUACCACGACCACAUCGAUGUCUCAUGGGGAUGA